UUGAGCUUUUUUUAUUUUUUCUCUUGUGAAUUGAAUGAGAAGUCAACAUCAAACCGGCGCAAUGGAUAUCCACCGCUGCAGAUUCGUUCCAUACCCUCCGUCAACAAUCAAUGCAUUAGCCUUCACACACUCAAAGUUGACAAAAGGUCAAUCUGCCGUUUCCCCACGAUUAGCCCUCGGUCGCGCAAACGGUGAUAUCGAGCUCUGGAACCCGCAAAGAGGAUCAUGGCUUCAAGAGACAAUUAUUCGGGGUGGAAAGGAUCGUAGUAUUGAUGGACUAGUUUGGACUCAAGAUCCUAAUGAAGAUGUUAAUGGCACGAAAAUAAUUGGGAAGUCCAGGCUCUUCAGCAUCGGAUAUACUACAACUGUUACUGAGUGGGAUUUGGUGAAAGGCCAACCAUUACGUUCGGCAAGUGGAAACCAUGGAGAGAUAUGGUGUCUUGCUGCCCAGCCCGCAGAAGAACUGAAAGCUGGAGAGGAACCUUCUGGAGAAUGUCAAAAACUCAUUGCUGGUUGUGUUGACGGAGCUUUGGUUUUAUACUCCACAGCGGAUGAAGAUUUGCAAUUACAAAAAGUUCUUGUUCGCCCAUCCGCGAAAAAAGCAAAGAUUGUUAGUGUUGUCUUCCAGGAUCGCUAUCAUGUUAUUGCAGGAUGUUCAGAUAGCAAUAUCCGAGUUUAUGAUAUACGAACUGGAUCAAUGGUAAGACAGAUGUCUUUGGGAGCUGGACCUAAAGGGGGACCCAAGGAUAUCAUUGUUUGGGCUGUCAAAGCAUUACCAAAUGGAGAUAUAAUAUCUGGCGACUCAACGGGAGAAAUCAAAAUAUGGCAGGGCAAAACAUACAGUAUGAUGCAGCACAUUAAAAGCCAUACCCAAGACGUUCUCAGCCUUGCAACAAGCUCUGAUGGGAUGUCAAUCUUCAGUGGUGGUAUGGAUAGACGGACUGUCGUCUACAAACAAAUAAAAGGGAAGAAGAGAUGGUCAGAAGUUAGGCACAGGAGAUUUCAUAGCCACGAUGUUAAGGCUAUGGCAAGCUUGGAAUGUCAGGGAAUCAGUGUUGUGGUUUCCGGAGGUAAGCAGAUCUUCCGCUAAUGUCCUUUCCAUAAGCUAAUUUUCAUUUGCAGGUCCCGAUGCUGCUCCUACUGUUCUGCCACUUGCGCAUUCCGGUCAAGAGAACCAACGUGCCUUGCCAUUCCUCCCUCAACCAUCCAUUAUUCAAAGUUCUACAAGAAAGAGAUUGUUGAUGAGCUGGUGGGAUAGAGAAAUAAAUAUCUGGCGCAUAAACAAACUUUCGGAUUCGAUCAACGGCGAUGAAUCAGAGCCCGCGGCUGUCAAUCGCAAAUUGGUAGCAAAGAUACUAAUCAAGGGAGAGUCUAACAUCACAUCAGCGACUUUAAAUGCCGGAGGAAACCUGCUCGCUGUUUCAACAGUAGCAGAUAUAAAGCUAUUCCGUCUCAAGGCACGGAAACCAGAAGAGGGUGAGGGUCUCAAGGUAUCGAUCGUCACUGUACCGCAUGCCUUUUCUUCUGGGGCGCGUUUGAUUCAGUUUUCUCCGGAUGGGAACUGGUUAUCGGUAAUUCGCGAUGAUAGCUCGGUUGCCGUGGCACGAGUCAUUCAGGACAAUGCCUCACCAUCAUCCUUCAGUAUAAUACCUCGGCUCUCCAGACUUUCUCGUCUUGAUCGCAACAUCUCAAAAGCCAAGCUUCUAGGUGGUCUUGGUGCAUAUGAAAGAACUGUCACUCAAGUAGCAUUUUCAUGUGAUAGCAGAAUUUUAGUAGUUAGUGAUUUGGCAGGUUUUGUUGAUACUUGGGUUUUAGAAGGAAUCGAAGAUCUCACACAAGAAUUGGAGGAAACGCAGGAAGAUGACGCAUCUGAUGAUGAAUCUGAUGAUGGCUCCGAUCUCGAAGAAGAGAAGAAGCCAAAAUUAGUUUUCGGCCAACAUUGGACACGAAAUCCUUCUGCCACUCGUUUACCAAAACUUCCCGCCGCUCCGGUUGUACUAUCAUUCCGCCCUUCAACUCGCCCGGCACUAAUCAACGGAGCCACCCCUCCUGCUACACGCAAUAAUCCUCGUCCUGUAUCUCACGAACUACCUGUCGCCGAGGACCGUUUAGUCAUUGUCACAUCCACUAAUGAGGUUUUUGAGUUCGAAGUUCUCGCUGGUUCACUCACACCUUGGUCUCGUAGAAAUCCUACCUCUACAUUUCCACUUGCUUUCCGCCAAGUCAUAGAUUUGGCAAGAGGUUGCAUAUGGGAUAUUUCUAAUGGUCGAGAACGUAUGUGGAUACAUGGUGUUGGCUGGCUAUGGAUGUUCGAUCUGUCACAAGACUUCCAUUUUGAAGAUGAGGAAGCAGAGGAGGAUGGAGAUUUCGAGACCUCGGGAAGCAAACGCAAACGCUUUCAAUUAGGGAAAUCUGGAGCAGGAGGUGUGGUCGACCCAGAAGAGAACGAGACAGGCAUGUCCCGUAAAAUUCGCAAACUCAUUCACGAGGAGGAGACGCACGAGACGGAAGUUGAUGUAGAAGAUAACAAAUAUCAAAUGAAUGUUGAUUCGGACAAUAAUGAGAUUGGCAAGGAAUUGAAGUCACUACUCAGGGAACGGUGGGAAAAAGGCGAAGAUGAGAAAUUUGGGGGACCGGCACAAACUUACAAAACAUUUAAGUACCGGCCUAUACUUGGUAUGGUAGAGAUAGGAGAGGGAGGAGAAGGUGGUCCGGAGGUGGCAAUUGUAGAGAGACCGAUCUGGGAAACUGACUUGCCAAUGAGACUGGAGGGUGACCAGGAGUGGGAAAAGAAAUCGUUGUAUUGAGGAAGGAUGGAGGUAUUAGAUAGGUAAUAUGAUUUUUGACGAGGGCUAAAGAAGCGUACAACUGAUGCAUAUGGAUGGGUAUGGCGUUCUGGAGCUAGGAUGCAAUGGAUUGUUCAAAAGCAAAAAGUGUCUAGCUGAAUAUGGACACAGGGAUUCUAGAGAGAUGUAUGUGUAUACUCAAGAGAUAGCAGAGCAUAUUGCUGAUACCAUUUUAAAAUACAUAUGUCUGUUGGGUUAC